AUGACGAGCUUGCUGUUUGCUUCGAAGUACGAUUGUAGUCUGCUACAAGUUAAUAUUCCUGGACCAGUCUGUUGUAUUGGUAUUGUUUUCACGGUUGCCAUACCUUCUAAUCCUAUGAUAUCUGAUGCCAGAUCAGACCAUACUACUGGUGCUACUGUUAUUGUUACAUCUGGUAAUUCAUAUACGUUUACAUGUACUGCUGGUGAAUCUAGACCUGAACCAACUAUAACAUGGUAUUUAGGAAGUACUGAAAAGACUGCAAAUCAACCUACUAUAAUACGAAAUGGGAAGCUGUCAACAGUAGUAAGGCUAAUGACAUUUACUCCUCAGUGGACUGAUCAUGAUGAGCAAUUACAAUGUAGAGCUGACAAUGACGUCACACCUCAAUAUAAACACACGCAUAUUAUGCUUGAUGUUUAUGUGGGUCCUACAAAACCUACAAUAAGUGGAUCCAAUAUCAUAACAGCUGGUACAAGUGUUACAUUUACAUGUUCUACUACAUCAAGACCAGAAUCUACAUUGACAUGGUACAUCAAUAAUAGACCACAGUCAACAAACAACAAUACACCACAGAACAGCAAUGGGUUGAUAAUUACCAGUAGUGAUCUGAUGUUUACACCUAAUUUGGACAACCACGAUGGAAAGAAAUUGAAAUGUAAAGCUGACAAUGAAGCAGAUACAUCAGCAAAAGAAAGAGAAAUAACAUUGGAAGUACAAGUGAUCCCAUUCAACAUAGAAAUAUCAUCAGCCUCCACUGGUAAACUUAUUGUAUACAAUAAUAUAGAGUCCACAAUCACAUGUACAUCUAUUGGUGGUAAACCAGCAGCUACUAUACAAUGGUAUAUCAAUAACAGUCCCACUACACAUGAUAAUGUACAGACACCAGACAACCAGCAAGAUAAUAGAUUAAAAGACACCAUAAGUACACUUGUAUUGACACCAACUUACACAGAACAUCACAACAAAACAUUAAAAUGUGAAGCAACAAAUGAUGCAAUAGACAGAGAUCAACCAAUCAAUGAAGAGGUCGUAUUAGAUGUGUGGAUUUCCCCAAACAAAGUGAACAUUGAUGGUUAUUCUACAGAUGACAAUGUAACCAUGGCAGCAGGUGUAGAAUAUCAACUAGAUUGUACUGCUAGUAAAGCACAUCCACCUGCUAGUAUAGAGUGGUAUAAGGACGAUGUUGAUAUUACAACUGGUAGCAAUAGCAGAAUAUUAUGGGAUAGUGAUGGUAAAAAGGACACAAUAAGUAAAUUAUCAAUUACACCAAUAAAAGAAGAUUUUGGAAAAAGAAUCAGAUGUGAAAGUAAACAUGAUGCACAGUCUAUAACACAACAUACAUUUGUUAAUAUGAUUGUACAGUAUUCUGCUGUAAUUUUCAAUGACACAUUGGAUGAAAGUUCAGCAGAUCAAGGUCAGAAUGCUACCAUUAUGUGUACAUCUAUGGGAUAUCCAAUACCAGAUAUAAAGUGGUACACAUGGACUUACGGUAGUAAAGUGGAACUUAUGAGUGAUACGACCAGAGUUGUGAUAAUACAUGAACCAUAUGGAGUUACUAAAACGAUACAAAGUACACUGUAUAUACAGAACGUGAUACCUGAAGUAGACUAUGGUGUAUAUACAUGUCAUGCUAGUAAUAUUAUUGGUAGUGAUAACUACAAUAUUACACUAGCCGGGAGAAGAGAACCAGGGCCACCCACCAAUGUGAGAACAACGGGUAUAUCUUGGGACUCUGUCAAUAUUACAUGGGAUAUGGGAUAUAACGGUGGAUCAUCACAAUGGUUUUAUGUGUCAUACAGACAGAUAAAAAUCAAUGAUUUCAUCAGAUCAAAUAAAGUUGAAAUGCCACCUUAUCACAUCGAUGGCUUGAAUUCAUCUACUGAAUAUGAAAUAUAUGUAACAGCUGAGAAUGUGAUAGCCUGGAGUAAACCAAGUAAGACUAUCAUAUUUAAAACUACAG